AUGGCUAAUAUUCUGAAGCUCUCCACUCGCUCUUCUGACCUUCUUCAGGAUAAGAACAGUCGGCCAGCCAUUGACUCUCAGCUGGUCAAUGGCACCACCAUGAAUAAGAUCGUUCAAUCUCGGACGGAGGGAGCUCCCAACAGAGGUGCUAACCCUCCCGCUCACGAACUGUUGGCUCAGAAGAACCGAAUGGAUACUCUGGAAGGCAUGGUGAAUCAACGCCGGUUGUUGGGAGGAACUCCACAAGCCGAGCAUUUCAUCAGGUAAGGUUUAUAUCAUUUUUGUUGGAUUUUAGAGAAUUGAAGAUGUUUCUGGAGAUAAUUACGUUCAAAAUAAUUUCAGCGAGCUGUACUCCGCCAGUCAGAUCAACCGCGGUCCUCCUGGCUUCUCCACCGGCUCCAGAGUCCACUUUGAUCUACUUACUGGUCGCGACGAUCGUAUUGGCUUUUCGGAUUAUUUGAACUUUGAAGAGCGAUUCCUCUAA